AUCAAGGCUCACGUACAAAACCUAGGUGCAACGCCCUCUCUAGAAUGUGUUCCUCAGUCGUCAGAGGCAAACUGCGACUGCACCUGCUCCAAUGGCAUUCACUUCAACCAGCCACUUUCCUUUGGUUCUUCCGGCAACCCCAUCCCGGACGGCUGCCAGGCCGAGAAAGAAGAAUGCUUGUUGCGUGAGCAGCAACUUGCAAAUGACUUUAAUUUACUCAAAGAAUCCUACAUGAGGAAGGAA